AGAAUUCGCGUUCAGCUUCAGCCCAAGUGCCGCCAUAUGCGUGGCACCAACCUAGGCCAGAGUUGGGGUGCCGUUCUAACUGAUGUCUCUAUGUAUUGCCUAUUGCGUCAUCUCUUCGCACUGGGGGACUCACGCAUAUGCCAAGGGGAGCCGGAAGUGUAUUUAGAGUUUCGAGUCAAUUUCCUUUGAAAUACAAACACAAUCAUGGCUGGUGUGGGCUUUGAAGAAUUCUCUGUGCCCCCUGGAUCAGAGCUGGCACUGCCUCCUCUUUUUGGUGGCAAUAUCCUCGAGAGUGAACUGGAGACUGAGGUGGAGUUUGCCGAUGGCGGAAUACCAGAAGAGGAGGAGGAAGAGGGAGCAUUGAGGCAGCAGGAAAUGACACGGCGCAAAUGCCAUGCUCUUGCUCGGCGCUGCAAGGAGUUAGAGCAGGUGAAUGAGAGGAUGUUAAACCGGCUGCAUCAGGUCCAGAGAAUAACACUGCGGCUUAAACAGGAGAGAAGGUUCCUCAUGAGGGUCCUUGAUUCUUACGGUGAUGAUUACAGGCAAGGCCACCUUGAUAUUGUCCUGGAGGAUGAAGGUAGCCACAGCACUGAUGCUCCAGCUCCUGGCAACACAGAGAAUGAGCCCCCCGAGAAAGAGACUCCAAGAUGCCUCUCGGGUCCUUUGCCUGCCCCAGAGGCUGAAAGCCUCUCACCUACUGAGGGCCCCACCAGUAAGAAGCGGCGGCGCCACAUGCGAGAGGAAAAGGAAGUGAGGUUACGCCGAGCAGCCCAAACAUUGCUUCCUAUGGAAGAGUUUCCUGUGCAGAUAAAGUCUGAAGAGGAUUUCCAGUGUGAGCAAGAGGAUGUCCUCACUCCUGCCUGGCAGCAGUCUAGUCCUCAGGAUAAGUUACUCCAUUAUUCAAAGUUCUCUAGCCCAGGGGCCUGUUCUGAUUUCGACUGAGGCUGGCCACUCACCGGUCCUCACAAAGGAGACUCUGUAUGUAUAUCUGAACAUCAGUUGCCUCCCUACUGGGUUAAAGAGGCCACUGGGCUGUCUGCUGACGAAAGUCACUUGGGGGUGCUUUUUGGACUGAAAGGAGCACAAGCUCAUUUUAAGAGCCAGCAAGAGAUGCGACUGUGGAACUCUCAGCCACUUGGAGUGCACUCGAUCUGAACUGACACCGGGCAGCUGAGGGGCAGGCGCUGGAAGACAAAAUGGACUGCACUAACUUAACAAAACUUGAAAGUCAAAUGUAUUACUAGUGUUCAAGCCCAUCUGCAUUAGGGAGAUGAAUGGAUUCUGCUACCAAUGUCCAAAAGCUUAAGAAUGGGGUGGGAAUGGGUAUGUAUGUAGAAUUUGUAUGUCAUACAUGUCUUGGGCCUCACAAUUUGUGAGUUUCUGAAAGGGUUAAGUGAUCUCUGACCGAGGCUGCAUGGGCAUCAUACAUUUAUAAGUACUUUUUUGCC